AUGGCCAUCCUCGACAUCCACAAGGACCUCGUGUCACAAUUCGAGCAGCAGGCUCAGUCGACGCCCAACGCGCCCGCGCUCGAAGACGAGAGCCGCACAUUGACCUAUGCCGAGCUGGACAGCGAGACAUGGGCGCUCGCAGACCGCCUCCGGCGCCGGGGCGUGGGCCGUGAUGACCUUGUCGGCGUCCUCAUGGGCCGCAGUGCCGAUUACGUGGUCGCCUGCCUCGCGGCACUGCGCGCUGGUGGUGCCUUCCUCGUGCUCGAGCUGGCGUAUCCGAGCGCGCUGCUGCGUGACGUGAUUGACGACGCGAAACCGGCCGUCAUCAUCACGAGGCAGGCGCAUGCCAGUCACGUGAAGAGCCAGGUGCCGCUCAUCGUCGUGGAUGCCAAGGCGGCCGACGACGAGGGCGAGCACGUCGACCUUGCCACGAGGGAACCCCUCCCGUCCGAGGACGACAUUGAGAGGCUGGCCUUUGUCUCCUACUCGUCUGGCACCACGGGGCGUCCCAAGGGCAUCGCCAACGAGCACCGCGCGGCCGUGCGCUCCUACGAUGCUCGCUUCCACCUGCGCGACCUGGGCCCCGGUGACCGCGUGGCCUGCAACGUCUUCUUCGUCUGGGAGAUCCUCCGGCCGCUGCUGCGGGGCGCCACGGUGGUGGCCGUGCCGGACUGCGUGAGCUACGAUCCGCAGGCGCUGACCGAGCUGCUGCGAGACAAGGACAUUACAGACACCCUCAUGACACCGACGCUGCUCGCGACGGUCCUCUUGAGACACCCCGAGCUCGGCGAGAAGCUGCCCAAGCUCAAGAGCCUGUGGCUCAAUGGCGAGGUUGUCACUACGGACCUGUGCAGGCGGGCCCUGGCGGCUCUGCCGGGCACGCGCAUCUUCAACGUCUACAGCGCCAGCGAGACGCACGAGGUGGCGGCGGGCGAGAUUAGCAAAUUUGUCGACUACAAUGUGAGCGUUUGCCCCGUCGGAUCGCCCGUGGACCCUCACCGCACCUACAUCCUGGAUGAGGCUGGCAACCGUGUCCCCCCUGGCGUGAGCGGCGAGUUGUACGUCGGAGGAGAUCUGCUGGCCCGUGGCUACCUGAACCUGCCUGAGACGACGGCGGCGGCAUUCCAGCCCGACCCGUUCAGCAGGAUAAGAGGUGCGAGGAUGUACAGAACGGGCGACACGGCUAGGAUCACAUCCGACGGCCUACUGGAGAUUACGGGCCGAGUCGGUGGCAUGAUCAAGACGAGAGGCUACACGGUCCAGCCCGCCGCUGUCGAGACGGCCAUUGUGAAGCACCUGGCCGUCCGUGACUGCGCCAUUGUCGCGCACGGCGAGGGCCUCUCCAGGCAGCUCGUCGCCUACGUCGUGUCCGAAAAGGACGAGCCACGCGGCAGAACGGUCCUCAUGGUCGACGAGUCGGGCUACAGCCCCGUGGCCCGCCGUGCCCUGUCGGCGCACCUGGCCCAUUACAUGAUCCCGCCCCUGUGGGUGGAGGUCGACAAGCUGCCCACGCACGACGUGUCUGGCAAGAUCGACCUAAAGGGGCUGCCGCCGCCGCCGUCGCCCAAGUCGCCGACAACCAACGGGCGCGCGACGGAGCAAAACACCAAGAUCAAGAUGGAGACCAUUGUCAAGAUCUGGGCGGCGUCGCUCAACAUCCCCGCCACGAGCAUCACGCCCAAGCACGACUUCUUCGACCUCGGAGGCCACUCCCUCAUCCUGGCCGAGCUCGCGAGCCGCUUCUCUCAAGCCUUUGGCUUCCCCGUGCCAUUGGGCCCGCUGGCCGGCAACCCCACCCUUGAGGGCCACCUGGAGGCCAUCACAGCCGCACGCGAUGGUCACACGGCCGCCGUCCAGGCGGACCUGCCGACCGUGCUCAAGGAAGACUCUGUCUUGCCCGAGGAGAUCACGACAACCGGCAGCGCGUUCCAGAAGUUGAGUGACGCGGACAGCGUCCUCCUGACCGGCGCCACGGGUUACCUGGGCGCCUUUUUGCUCAAGUCGCUGCUGGAGAAGACGUCGGCGCGCAUCAUCUGCAUGGUGCGCUUCACGGAGCCGACGGACGACUGCCGCCCCGCGGGCAUGGCGCGCAUACGGAAAAAUCUGAUCGACCUGGGUAUCUGGGACGACUCGGACCUGGACCGCAUCGAGAUUGUGGCGGGCAACCUGGCACGCAAGCGACUAGGUCUGUCGCCUGAGGCCUUUGAGGAGCUGGCGACGCGCGUGCAGGUCAUUGUGCACGCGGCGGCCACCGUCAACCUGGUGUAUCCGUACGCGGCCCUCCGCAACGCCAACGUGCGCGGCACGCGCGAGAUCCUGCGUCUCGCCUCGCGCGGUGGCGCCACGGUGCACCACGUCUCGACCAACGGUGUGCUCCCCGCGUCCGUGGAGGGCUGGCCGGAGGAUUCGACGAUUCCGAUUGAGGAUGUGCCGACCAAGCUCGAAGACGGGUACGGCCAGACAAAGUGGGUGGCCGAGAAGCUCGUCUACGAGGCGGGCAAGCGAGGGAUCCCCGUGCGGGUGUACCGUCCCGGCACGAUCAGCGGACACAGCACGACGGGCGCGACCAACACGUACGAUCUGAUGAACGCGAUCAUUGUCGAGUCGCUGCAUCUGGGCAUCGCGCCCGAGGUGGACGGGUGGUACGCCGAGAUGGCGCCCGUGGACUAUGUCAGCGGGGGCAUCGUCACGUUGUGCGACCACGACAGCAGCAACGACCAGAUCGUGUACCACUUUGGCGACGAGAAGCCUCUCCCGAUGAGCGUGCUGUUCGACAAGCUGAGCGAGCUUGGGUACCCGACCAAACGCGUGCCCUGGGCCGAGUGGGUGGCGACCUGGCGGGAGCGUCGCGGCAGUGGACACGGCGACGAGCCCUUUACGGUGGACAUUCUCAAGGGCGGCAUGCCGACCGAGCACGGCCUGCAGUCUGUGAUUGCGCUCAAGGAUGGCGCGACGCAGAAGACGCUGGAGCUCUAUGGUGUGAAGAGGCCGCACGUUGACAAUGCCCUGUUGGAGACGUAUACCCGCCACUUCUACGCUCGUGGCUGGCUGCCCCGACCUCCUAAGCGUCUGCACACAAACGGCACCGCUGUGACAAGACCGGCGCGCAAGGGACGCCUGGCCGACAAGGUUGCUGUCAUCACGGGCGCGUCGUCGGGCAUUGGCGCUGCCGUGGCAGCUGGUCUGGCGAGAGAGGGCGCGCACGUUGCGAUUGCAGCACGCCGGCUCGAGGAGCUGGAGAAGAUCAAGAAAGAUCUCGCGCAGUAUCACGUCAAGGUGCUGGUGCACAAGACGGACGUGACCAAGAAGGCGGACGUAGAGUCACUGCUGCGGACGACGGCGGAGCAGCUGGGCCCGGUGGACAUCCUGGUGAGCUGCGCGGGCGUCAUGUACUUUACCAUGAUGGCCAACUGCCAGACGGACGAGUGGGAGCGGACGGUGGACGUGAACUGCAAGGGCCUCCUGCACUGCCUGUCUUCGACGGUGCCGGGGAUGCUGGCGCGGGGCGGGGGCCAUGUGGUGGCCAUCUCGUCAGACGCGGCGCGCAAGGUGUUCCCCGGCCUGGGCGUGUACUCGGCGUCCAAGUUCUUCGUGGAGGCGACUCUGCAGUCGCUGCGGCUGGAGACGGCGGGGACGGGGCUCCGAGUGACGGGGAUCCAGCCGGGCAACGUCAAGACGGACCUGCUGAGCAUGUCGACGGACGCGGAGGCGCUCAAGAAGUUUGGGGAGCCGACGGGGGCCAAGGUGCUGGAGCCGGAGGACGUGGCCGGGGCGAUUGUGUAUGCCGUCUGCCAGCCGGAGCACGUGGCUGUCAACGAGGUGCUGAUUGAGCCGCGGGACGAGCCGAUCUAG